UGUAGUGGACACUUGUCCCGGUACAUUUUCAAAUCAUCCAACUCACUCUCUCGAGGCAGUUCCCCGGUCUCACUUGUAUUAUAGUGUUAUUCUCAAUCUAGUGCAGUUUAUUUUAAAACAUUUCGGGAUAACCUUGUGUUAUUUUUUUUUAACUUAUUAAUAUCUCGAGUGAACAUGGAGGCAUUGAGAUAAAUAAAUUGUGGCCAAUCGUUAAAACCAUUUCAACGCGUUAAACUCAUGUUAAACACUCGGCGCUGCGUGAUAUCGAUAAAAUUCGUCACCCGUUGCGAUUUCAUAAUAAUCCAACGAGAUAUUCAUUGAUAUAUGAGCUCAACCAAUUGGUCAAUAUUUCGCGAGGGAAAUUGAAGUGUUCAUUUGUUAUUUGAUGUGUGCAAGAUAAAUCGUUACCGCAGAGACUUGCUUAUCUAAUUGUGGGCCUUGAUCGUAUGACACUUGAGAAUUUGACAUCAAUCUUUCGCAAUUGCACGCUCACCUUGCGUGACUGAUAUUAUGAAGAUGCAUUUACACGUUCAUACCAUCGAGAAUCGCCCCCAGGUAAUUCUGCAGGCCGAGGCGGCCUCAUCCCCGCUUUGCGCGAUGUCAAGUACAGAGCCAGCAAAACCGGAUCACUGCCCCGGGAGUACAGCAUCAAGCUGCGGUCUAGUAGGUACACUCUUCCCGACAAGCUGUCGGGGUCGGGCAGAGGCAUUUGCCCGUCGUCUCCACCGUCGACUCACAUCCUUGAGCGGCACCGAGAACAACACCUGCAACCCAACAGAGACAUCCUGGCUGCACACUACUAACCAUCAUCUAGAGAAAUCCUCCCGAGUCCACGACUCCCAGCCGCGGCACAGUCCCGAGUCCGAUCUUUACUACGACUUUAAUUUUCCGGAGCACUUUUCGGAGCACUUUCCGGAGCACUUUCCGGGUGACGCACAGGACCCCGGAUCCCCCGAGGAAGUUGUCUCAGCAGCAGAAUUCGCCAAUCUUCUUGUAAAUACAUCGAAACUGUUAAAGUGCCACGAGCCGUGCACCUGUCAGAAACACGUGGAAGACAGCCAGGAUCGAGAGUCCUCCGGAUACGUUUUCUCGUCACCGCUGGACGGGGCGACACCCUCCGACAGCGAUGCAUAUUACGAUCCAGAGUCCUCCGAUAAAACAAGAACCGACGAUUUCUUUGAUCCCAUCACAUCGUCCAGCGAUAUUCUCUCCAACGGUGAUAUGCCCCACAUCCACAAGCCCCCAGGUCGCCGAAGAGAGACAUCAGUCAAUGGACACCAGGACACCUCAGAGGAGUCAAGUCUCUCCAAUGGCAUUAAGGAACCGAGAAUACAAGCAAUAAGAAUUGCCAACAGCUCCGACGAGUCCCUUGAGGUCGCCAGCUCUCUGGAGACUACUUCACCGAGCCACGAAUCCCUCUGGAGUACUUUCGACGAGUCCACAGUCUCCCUACAGGACGACGUCUCCUUUGCAUCAUCUGCACCCACCGAGACGAGAUUCCUCAAGUCCCAUUCUGACUCUGAAAUCAUCCCUGGGGUUAUGAAGAUGGCGGCAAUCGACCUGGAGUCAAUUGGCCCUGAUGAAGUCGAUCAUGUGGCUAACGAUGUGAACUGGAAAGAGGAAAGGGAGGAGACAAUAAAUUACUGCAAUGGAGAUAAAUGCGUUGUGGAAGAGUCGAAUACCAAGGGUGAAAGUGAGGACCACUCGACAUACAGCUCGACGUUCAACAUCCCUGGGGCCCUCGAAGUCGAGUGUCCCAAUGUGAAAUCCAAUCUCGAUGAAACUCUGACGACUCAAGUGAAUAUGACAAUUGGUGAAGGUGAGGAGGUGUCCAGGCUGUUGAAAAAGCUAUCGUGUUCACCUCGUGGUAGCUUUGAGAGUGAUAGAGAGGAGCUCGAGAGCCCCGAGGGCUGCGAGGAGGACGAGAGACCCCAAAGAGUGAGGAGAUGCUCUUCUCUCAAGACUGGAAAAACACCACCUGGCACUCCUGGAAGAAAGAAAAUCGUGAGAUUCGCUGAUGUUCUUGGACUCGAUCUCGCUGAUGUCAGGACUUUUCUCGAUGAAAUACCCAAGGUACCAAAUUCAGCGUAUUCUGAUCUGAUUUACGACGACGUUUUUCACAAGGACUCGAGCCCAAGUCUCUAUGGAUCUAGUCCCACCAAUGGAGGCAUUGGGGGAAUGGGUAUUGGACUUGGUAGACCUGACAGAAUACUGGUACCCAUGUUCCAGCAACCUGGGGGACUUGCCAACUUUCUGGAUCUCGUUAGGGAUCGUCAGGUGUGUCUGGAGAAUGUUAUAGUUCAGGAUCCAAUCACUCUCUGUCUCAAGGGCAGCGUCAGGGUGAGAAAUCUCGAUUUUCACAAAUCUGUGCACGUCAGAUACACCAUGGACUGCUGGAGAACAUUCAACGAUGUUCAAGCACUUUAUGUCAAUGGAUCGUGCGAUGGCUUUAGUGAUAAAUUCACUUUUAUGCUCUAUUGUCACACGCUCAGGGUCGGCCAGAGACUCGAGAUGGCUGUGAGGUUUCAGUGCAAGGGCGUCCAGUACUGGGAUAACAAUGCUGGGAUUAAUUACUGCUUUCAGUGUCUUCCAAUGACAACGAACAACAGUUACUUGGGGAUUGGGGCUGGGGGGGUCAGUCAUGACUGGGCUCCAGCCUUUUAUUGAAUCCAGGGAAAACAUUCACGCUAAUUUUUCUUAUAACAACAUUUAAAAAAGGUCCAAUUAUCGAUUUAUUUGGAAAAUCAUUGAUUUUAUGAGAAGCUAAAGAGAAACUCGAGUACUUUUGUAGCUCAGUAAAUUUUCUAUCUUCUAUAGAAAAAAAAAGUCCUCUUUUGUUUUUAUAUAAAUUUAAUUGUUUUUUUUUUUUUUUCUUCAAGAUAAAAUCGAUGAUUGGAAAAUUUAUGUCAUUUUCUUACUGAUUUCUAUUUGAAAAAAGUUCUCUCAUUGAUUAUUUGUGAAUUAGGGGGUUAAUUAGCGAUUUUCCGGGGUAUUUGGGUGUUGUUUAUGGAAAAUUAAAUUUUAACAGUGUUUUCUCCCAGAACCCAUCAAUUCCGAGAUAAAACCUCACUGAAUUAAUGAAUUGUACAUAAAGAUUAUCUUUUCUUUAUUCUUAUUACUGAAAAAUCGUGCUCGAUGCUUUAGUACGAAUUAAGGUUGCUAUUACCAGUGUAUUAAGAAUGGAUUAGAUUUUUUUUCAUCGUUUUGAGCUUUCGCUUAUGCGAGAUGGGUCCGAGUAGAAAAACGAAAUGAAACGAAACGAUGAAGCUGCGUGAAAGGAUAUUAUUUGUUGAAUUGCUGUGGAAACGUGUCAAACAAUUGGUCAUAUUUUUAUAUUCUUAACAUUUAUUUCGAAUGCUCUAGUCGCUCUGAAGGGGAUUAUGUUUGCCUCUUCAGAUCGACUCGAAUCAGCACAUUAAUUAGAUUUUUUAAAUAUCAUUUUAUCGAGGUGUUAAUUAACAAUAGGCUGUGAGAGACUGGGGUAAGACUGCAUGAAUACACUGAUGAAUGAUGGUAGUUAUUGCACAAGAUUUAAUUUUUAGUUUGAUUUAUUUUUGUCUUGACAAAAUUUAUUGUACUAUUACCCUCGAUAAUGCUCACUCUUCCUAAGAGAUACUUGCUCGUUGGAGUUCCAAAUCAUCACGUGUGAAGGAAUUUUCUCAGAAGGACAAAUCAUUUUUUCCUCCACAAUAUAUGUGAUAAAAAAUUAAAAGUAACGCUUACCAGGCCUAAACCUGAGAAAAAAAAAAUCGUAUUAGGUCAGGCAAAGUGAGCCAAAAAUUGUAUAUAAUUACUUGUUGUUCUAUGAAAUUUUUUUCGUGCGUGAAAUAAAAAAAAGUUGUGUAUUAGCAAAAAAUGAAGAAUGCGAUCUUUAUAUUUUUCUACAGUAAAGCAUUCUAAAUAAAAUACUCAAUUGAAGGCCUCAAGUAUCAUUCUGUCCAGGAAGUCAUUAACCGACUGAAUAUAAAUAUUUUUGAGCAUAAAUAAUGGAGAAAGGGAGAAUAUUUAAUAAAACAAAUCAUGUAUGGAAAUGCGUUAUUUACUUUGUACAGAGAAUUAAACGGUUACAUUGACGAAAUAUUUUACACAAUGAAGCUUGCUCCUCUUGUCCCUCAAAUGACAACAGAUUGAAUUAUGUAAAUACAGUCGAGAGAUCUCGAGAUGUUUAUGGAUGUUAAAUAAUGUAUCAAUGUUAUUGGUCCGAUGGAGGAGUGAGGGGUGAUGAAUGAUUAAUUAUCGAGUGACAGAGGGAACGAGAUUUUAGAGACCUGAGAGUCUACGUAUCAUUAUUCAUAUACAAACAAUAAAGUUAUCUGCAAAAGUUGUUAUAUUAAGACAAUAAAUUUAACGAAAUAACUUCCA